UGGUCAAGUAGUUAGAGAGGGGGAAGGUGAAAAAGGAGUGAAGUGAAGAUGGCGAGAGGGUCCCGGUGUUUGCGGAGAGCGGUAGCAGAAUGUAUUAAGCAGUUACCGUCCACAGCAGCUCGAGAAACACCGGGAAGGAAUGGAGUGAGUAGAUAUUUGUCAUCAUGUGGCAUUCUGAUGACCCGAAUGCCACCUCUGCUGAGGACCGUGUCUGGCCGUACUGCAAUCUCUCCAGCCAGAAGCUUCUUCAACCUCUCAGAGUCCUUCAACAAGAGGAAAGAAUAUUCUGAGAGGCGCAUCAUUGGGUAUUCCAUGCAGGAGAUGUAUGAAGUGGUGGCAAAGGUAGAGGACUAUCUUCAGUUUGUGCCCUGGUGCAAACGCUCAGACGUGAUCUUCCGGAGGUCUGGCUUCUGUAAGGCCAAGCUAACUGUGGGCUUUCCUCCUGUGGUGGAGAACUACACAUCCCUUGUUACGACAGUGCGCCCUCAUUUGGUCAAGGCUUCAUGUUCAGAUGGUAAACUCUUCAAUCACCUAGAGACAGUCUGGCGUUUCAGUCCUGGCCUUCCUGGCUACCCUCGCACAUGCACCCUGGACUUCGCUAUUUCCUUUGAGUUCCGCUCCCUCCUGCAUUCUCAGUUGGCCACAGUGUUCUUCGAUGAGGUGGUCAAGCAGAUGGUAUCUGCAUUCGAACGACGGGCCUGCAAACUGUACGGCCCUGAGACACAGAUACCACGUGAGCUGAUGUUCCAUGAGGUCCACCACACGUAGCCUCUCUGCUCUCUGGGGCCAGCAGGGCAGGAGGGUAUUCUGGGGAUUCUGGGAAGGAGGCCUUUGGAGGGUGGGGGAGGGUUGAGCCUCGUAGAGACAAGUUCACGUGCCUCAGUAACUACAGUGCCUGGUCCAAACGAAACAUUUGAUUUUAAGUUUUUAACCUAAUUUUUUUUGUGGCUGGAUCUAAUAUUUGGGCUUGACGGCGUCUGUGGAGCCCUGCCUAUCUGCCUCACUCCUUCUGUGGGUAACAUACUGUGUACGGAGUACACUUGAGCCAUACAGUUUUUAAUGGCGGCUGGCGAAGGGGAGCAUGUGGAUGGUCUGUUGAGGGUUUGGUGAACAGAUUUUGGUAUUGUCAAUGGUGAGGACAUGGAGAUGGAGCCUGUUAUUUGAGGACUUGAGCCAAAGUUAUUUUUCAGGAGAGUCUGAGGUUUUUUUUUUUUUUUAAUUUAAAUAAAUGCAUAAAAACCAUUGAAGCAGAGCAGAACUGGAUGGUCCAGUAAGGUGGAGUUUGUAAAACCAGCUGUAUCUAUUUAAAAAAGUGAUAAUUUUUAUAUGAAAAAGGGACAAUAAGAUUUGCUUAAGGUGCACAGUAUAGAGAGGGUAUAGUGUAUUAAUAUGUUGACUGAUGCUGCAGCCAAGUGCACAUGUCCAAUCAAGGCUGCCUACAGGACUGACUAGCAGACUUUUUUUGGUCUUCCAAACCAGCAUCAAGGGCUUUCCAUCACAGAAGUGCUUACAAAAUUAUUUCAGCAAAACGAACACUUGCAUAGUGACAGCCUAGUUGCCAAGUCUGAAGGACAGGAUUUUAAGUUAGAACAUUUUAGCUUUGCUAAAAGUGCUUUUAUUGCUAUAUUUCACUUAUGGGAGCACAUAAUGCAACAUCUUAUGGUGUAUCUCAGUAAGUGUCCAGAUCAAAGGACUAUUGUUUAUUGUAAAAGUGUGCAAUAUAUUUGUAAAAUCAAUCUUUUAAGAUGGAUAGUUUCUUGCAAGUUAGGAUAUCCUCUGCUUCUAAAAGGGCCCAAACUCCGGGGCCGGGGGGGAGUGAACUUUCCUUCCUGGACACCCCUGAGAUUGCUGUAGUAGUGAGGUAUCUGCCUAAUUAGGCCGUAAAGAUUCCAGUUCAACAUCCCAUGCCCUUACUGCUUUUUUACCUAGUAACACAUUAUUUAUCAUUAUCAUAAAAUACGUACGUGUUGACAUCCUAUAAAAUAUUUAUUUUGGUUCAGGGAAAACCACAUGUACAUAACUGAUGUAAGACCACAAACUAGAAUACAGUGUACAAUAUAUAUAUUUUUUGUUUGUCUGUUUCUUAUAGGGGAAUGUUUUAGUAUUGAUUAGGGGUUUUAAUGAGUGUCAUGGUAUGUAUCAAGCCUGCAUGGUUCAUAAACUAUUUUUAUAUUUAAAAAUCA